UUUGACUAAGGGAUGCAAAAUGAAGUCUUCUAAUAAUUCUCUGGUUACUAAUGAAACUCUAGCAGAAUAGAAUCGUGUUUCUCCCAUAAAUUAUGUUAUUAGAAUUUGCGUAGGUGUGAAUUACCCUUAAACUGGCGCUCGAUUUAGGUGUUGGUCGAAAGCACCGCACACACCGUCGCCACUGUUUCCAUUCUUAAAGGCAUAUCUAGACCUCGUGAAUGGUAAAUCUCGUUGCGUCGCUGUUACGUGGUCAGUAAAGGCAACACCAAUAGAUUUUCAAUGAACAGUCGGCACGUGACUUUGCCUAAUGUUUAUGCCUAACGAACGAAUCAUUUAGGCUAAUAAGUUAAUGCAUUGUUCCGUUAUAACCGGAAGGAGCCGCAAGACAAACUGUACUUUAAACGAACCAUGAUUUACAAUUUGAAAUCUGAAGACUUAGAAUGAUUUAAGCAAGCGGAAAAAUCAUGAACAGGAAGAUAAAUGAACAAUUGAAAAAUAUCUCAAAGUUAAACUUAAGAAAAAGGCAAAUUUUAGUGCUAUUCCAAAUUGCCUAACCGUGGACUAUCUGCAAAUGGAAAAUGAGCUUUUGCACGAACUAUUACAAAUUACUCCGCAAUAUUUAUCUAAAAUAUUACCGAGUACUAUCAAAGCAAGAUAAAUAUCAUUCAUGGGAUUCCACGUUUUUGUUUGAAAGUUUAAUCAAUGAAAAGGAAUCAAUCGCGUGACUGUAAUUAUUUUCACGAAUCACGCUCUAAGUUCGCUCACGAACGUUUAUUUAAUAUUAAUCGUAAAGUUCUUGCUGGUAAAAAGAGAAUACAUUUAACAUAAAAUGUUGCUCACGUCGCCGGUUAUAAACGAGAGAAUGGGCUGAAUAAAUCACUGAACAGUAAUUAAAUUUAUGCAUUGGCAGUUCGCUUUUCAAGCGGUUUAACGCAGCACACGUUGCGGGAAAGGAGUCAAAUCGCAAAAAGUUGUCGGAACAACUUCGUGUUUCGCAUCGAAUGCACGUCGGGAAAAAAGCUAUAAUAUAACACGUAGCUGAUUUCAAAUGAAACGUAUUCGAUCGCAUUGAUUUCGGCCAGGACCGGAGAAUUAAUGGCUCCGAAACGAGCCUCGCUCAAAGAAGCAUCAGAUUUCUUUCCUCCCGAAACAUAACUGAGGAACAUUCGUCAGGAACGUUGUUUUUGAAACGAAAGAAGGUUUACUCCGUUUCGUGUAGCUUAUUCGUGCACGCAGCUAUCAGAGUUAUCGGAAACGCGAUAUAGUCGACUCCUUUUGUGCCAACGACUUCGCGCUGCUAUUUCAUCCUCUCUCGUUCUGGACACCAUGAAAACUCACUUUGAUAUCGUGCAUCGAGCGAAUCAACUCACAAGUUACACACGAAUUAUUCGAAUUACACUCGAAAUCUGAGCGACCACUAUACACAGUCCUCUUCAGACCCAACAAAAGUGUAGUCCAAUGAAUUGUACCUCACAACAUUCAGAAAUAUCUAAGCAACGAGUCCUUUGGAAUGAAUUUUUGCGACAUGAAGCUAUGGAUCACCGUAAGUUUUGAAGCACUUCGAAGAUUCAGUGACUCUGGAUGAAAGCAACACGAGGAGAGGCUGAAGACACCAAGAGGUAGAGAGAAUUCUGGCUAGUUGCAGGUACGCUAGCAGCGCAACGGGCCCGGAGUUAAGAGAAAGGUGAUAUAGGGGUCCCCUCUAGUGAGAUUGGGCCCCGUUCAGGUCUCUCUCGCACACUCUCUCGCGACGUCGAAGGUUUCCUUCGCACCGGUUCGUGCCGUCGGCUCCGGCUCGGCUCGUGCACAUACGCCAUGGUCUGUCGUGUCGAAUCGGGCCAGCUUCAUGGUGCCCAGCUGGAUCCGGACGCCCAUUUGUCGGUCUGCAACUCCUCGUCCUCGUCGUCGUCGUCUUCGUCGUCCACGAGGUCUAACCGACCAACACCAGUGAUCCGUUCUCCAUCGGUCUGUCGUCUCGGCUCUGAAACGUGCAGCGUGUCUCGGUGAUCUGAUGUAACCCCCUUCUCAUUCUUUCUCUCUGUCUCUCUUCCUCUCUUUCUCUCUGUCGUGAAACCGCAUCGGCCGUGUGUAUAUCUCGCCUCGAUUACACCAGAACGGUUGAGCGUCGCCGAGCGAGCGGUCCCAACGUCUGCAGCGCACUUGCUCUUCGUCGUCCUCCUCGUCGAGGCUGUGUCUACGUUGUCGCGCCUGCUCCGCCGAUCAAAUCUGCUGCUGCACACCCUGGAUAUCUCGUGAAUUUUCUUAUUGGAGUCUUAUCGGAGGGCAGGAAGGACCUAUCGUCUCGUCCGGGUCAAUUGAUGGAUUUUGGAUCGGAGCUACCGUGAAGUGUCUUUCUGGUGCUGUGUCACGAUACUCUGCGAACGAAACUUCUAAUGGACGUUGGGUGUUGGAAGUUUUGGAGCGACUGGAAUCAAAGAUCUUCAGACAGAGGACGGAAUCGAGGAGUUAAGUGAUGCGAAGGAGGACGGUUAACCGGGUACUAGAAAUUGAAAGCUUUCCCGUGGAAAAGGAAGGAAAGCUCGAACGGCUGCAAGAGAGAAAGCAGACGUUUCGUGCUGAUUAGCGGGAGAUUCCAUUCGACUCGUUCGUGCGUGAGUAAUUAAUCAAUUAAUCGUUCCCGUGGGACGAAACAGAGUCGAAAUGAUUUCCUUGACGGAACUGGUUUAAGUGGUUCGCAUUAGCAUCUCCGACUCGCUACUGUUACCGAAUACAAUUCCGCUUAUAACGAGUCGAGAGGAGAUUAAUGUUCUCAUCGCGCGACGCAAGAUUGAAAUUCGUCGUGCAAAUGAAAACGUUCAAGGUGUCGUUCGCCCGUGAACUGAUAAAGCGAUACGUGCACUUACGACCGAUUAAGAUAAAAGAAGUAACUCGUGACUCUUGAGAGAAAAAAAAAGAAAAGAAGAGAACAAACGACGUUUAUAUUCUUGCGUUUGGAGCUCACGUUUGCGAGGCUGUCGGCAAUGAAUCCAAUCGAUUCGUGAUCAAUUAAAGAGAGUCGAAAAUCGAUCUGGCCCAGUGAACCAAAAAGAAAUAAAAUAAAAAAAAAAAUAAAAACAGAACUUUCGAGUGAAAGUACUCUUGGAUGAUCGUUGGGUGCCGUUGCAUUUGGUGCGUUUUAAUUACCCGACCGUAUUCGUGAUUAAUUAAGACCAACGAAACGAUCUCGGCCGGCUGGAAGAAUCGUGAAGAAUGUCGGCGAUCGAAUACGUGCAGAGUUCCGGUGCAAAAACCGAUUCGUGAUCUACUAAUCUAGUCACAUUGACUUUAAGAUUACCUCUCGCGAAACUAGUGGCCCGAAACGGGGACAGCCUUUUCGUUCGCGAGCCGAGGAUCUCGUUUAUCGUUCGCGAUCUGACGAACAAACCUCGACGUAAACACAAUAUUAUGAUAAUAUUAUCUGACUCCGAUAAGAUUCGCAGUGAGCGAAAUCUCGAGGUUGACUCUCAGACUCGAAUCGACUGGCAACGAUUUCCGAUAAACGUUCAAUUACGCUCCGAGCACGGUGGUCGUAGAGCAACGUGUCUUUCCGAUCAUUGAUACCGUUCUAGGAAAAAAAUCGGCUAUAGUCGAAACUAGAAACGAACGGUCCGGCAAAAGUGGAGCAUUUCUACCUCGACGCGAAUGCAAAGUGUUGCUGUUAAUAACGUGCUACGUCAGUGGUGCAUAGUGGCUGGUGGAAAAUCAUCGAUGAUCGUUUUUUGUUAGUGAAAGAUCACCGAUUUGAGGAAGUGCUUGUUAUGGAUAUCUGCACAGCUGUCGAACGGAAAUACUUUCUCGAGUGGAAUUACGUGGAUGGCAUCCGAGCAAGCAUUUUCAAACUCUUGCAGGAGGUGAAGGGAGGAUGAAGAAUGCCCCGCGUCGGUGGAGACGGGGGUGGAGGAUCGGAGAAGGCAGGGGGAAGCGGAUUUGGAGGAUGGCUCGGGGGUGCAGCAAGAGCCAUGACUGGAGGAAAUGUCGGCGGUGGAUACGUGGUUCUUGGUGGCACCAGAUACGGUCUCAGACUUUCCCAGGAGAGCCUGCCGCCAUCGAACUCACGGGAAGAGUCCCAGGAGAGACGACGAAAGAGGAGUUCACGAGAGAGCGACUCUCGGGAGAGACUGACGGAGAGGUAUCCGGAAAAUGCAGCACUAGAACUCAGCUCGAGCAUCGCAGACUGCUGUUGCAUAGGUCCACGUUCGCGUUUGCCAUUGCCCAGGAUACCGCCAGGGUCGACAGGGUCGAGCACGACGACGACGACGUCGUCGUCGUCGACGUACGGUGCCGGCGGAGGAGGAGGUGUAGGUGGAGUUGGAGGUGGCGGUGGAGGAGUAGGUGGACAGGCUCCUUUUCCUGGGCCUCCCACGUCUUCGAACAGCCGCGUUGUCGGCGUGGAACAGCCGGUGACGCUGACGACGCCAACGACGUCGGCGCAACCGUUGGUGAACUCUAAUAAUAACCGAGGGAUGCUGCAAACAUCGUCGGUGGGGAACAGCACUGGCCAGCACCAUCAAGCACAAUCGUCCGCAGCUCUAACGGCGGCGGUACCGUCGUCUUCGUCGCCAUCCUCUUCGACGUCGUUCAACGUAUCCACCGCCGUGCCGACGCUGCAGUCCGUCUCGGUGCCGCGGCAGCUAGCACAGUGGACCAAGCAUCAGACGCUGAAGCUGCAGGAACCAGCAGUGAUAGCGGUGGACCGUUUGCACAGGUUCCGGUGGAGCGGGGGCGGAGGAGGAAGUGGCAAGAAGUCCUCUUCCGGCCCCCGGAGCGAUAAGGCCGAGCGCCUUCGAGAGCUCACUGAAAAACUCAAGGGACCAGCACCGGUACCACCACCCAGAAGACCUUCCAGAAUUCAAGCUUCCUCUCCACCACCGAGUGGGUAUCAACCACCUUCGCAGAAUCAUCCACAGACAACGAAUCAAGGAUGCGGUCGUUGCGAUGGUCGACCUUCCUCCCGAAGCUACACGUACAGCGAGGGCAGUAGUCACAGUCUCAGCAAUCAGCACCCUCAGCAACAGCACCACCUGAAGACGAUUGGCCGAAGUGACAGUGUGGGUGACGAGUGUUUGAGUGAGCCGGGUAACAACGAUGCGUGCAGGAAGCCGUGUGCCGACUCGAGGAAAUCCUCGCGGUCGGCUAAGCAACACGAUAGGAACAGUGGUGACGUAAGUGACAUCAAACACGAACUGAACGUAAGUGCGGAUGCGACGAAACAUCUCAGACAGUACAGUGAUUCCGUGGUGGAUAGUGGUACGUGUGUGGACGACUUGUGUGACAAUUUGAACGCUACAUCCGGAGCCGGAAGCGAAGCUGAAGCCAGAGACGCGGUUACCAAAUUGGAACCAAGAGGAUCUCUUCUUACUUUUCACAGAGGUGGGGCUCCAUUCAGAAGCGCUUCCUUCGGCCAGGUGGAUUUCAAUCAAGUCAAUCGACAGAAGGCACAACCAAUAGCCACGUCGAAUCGCAACGAGAGCAAGGAUGUCAGGGCGAGCACGUUGCCCAGAAGACGAGGAGACGUCAGUCCAGUCGUCUCGACGCCGCAAAAUAGUCCCAAUCGUCAAAGUCCGCGAACGUCGACGCCCAGCGUCGACAGUGCUGUCGGUUCGGCGGAAGGACUGGGCGUACCUCAAACCGGAAACGUCGAGGAGAUCCGACCGCGAAGCGAUGGUUCCGACAGUCUGGCGACUUCCAGUGCUCUCACGAGCCCAGAACCACCGGUUCCUGAGAUCAACGAGCCGAGAGUUGAUCUGGUGCAAGCUGACGUGUCUCCGAACGAGAUGGUUAUGUCCGAGCCUGUUUUCCCGCUCGUGGAAAACUCGUCCAUCGAGGAAACCGUGCAAAAAGAAAACAGAAUGGAGCCACACGAAGUGAUAAUAACACCACCACCUGAGGAGCCACGACUUAGCCAAACGAUGGAGGGUAGCGAGACAGCGAGCGAAGCACCCUCGGAGUCAUCCUCUCCGUCGGGUAAAACGCGAAGGUAUCGUGGCGAUACCAGCAAAAGAAGAAAGGGUGUGUACAUAACUCAAUGGCCGGAGCCAUUGGACAGCGACCGGAACAAGCUGUCAGCUCAGAGCAGCGAGGAAAGAGACGAGCCACCUGCGACGCCCAGCGACCUCUCUGACUGCGAGGGCCACACGCCUAGAAGAUACAGCAAAAGACCAUUACGAGGUCCUUACGGACAAAUGCUCGAGGCUGAAAUGGCGAAACCGCGAACCACUGAUAUCGCUCUCGAGGAAGGUCUUCGUCCGCGUAGAAAAGUUUCCGCGAACCUCUCGUACAACACAAGUUCGAAUAAUAGCAGUUCGGAACCGCCCACGCCCUGCCAUCAUAGAACCACUUCCAGCCCGAGCAAACUCGAAGGUCUUCCGGGACCAAGUCCGGAACUCCUUGCUGAACUACUUCGAGGAUCUUCAGAGAGGGUGGCUCGUGCACCGGCGCAUCGAAACGACACAAGGACUCACGUCGUUGUGGAACUUUAUGACACCGAGCGAUCGUACGUGGAAGCGCUGCAAAUACUAGUCAAUAAAUACCUUCAACCAUUAAAGAGUCCCGAAAAUGCUGGUCUGGUGGAUUCAGCGACAGUGGAUGAAAUCUUCUAUCAGAUUCCUUCUAUUCUUAAUCAUCACGAGGUGUUUCUGGAAGAACUACGCAAAAGACUCGAUACUUGGGAACUUAAGCAGACGAUUGGCGACGUAUUCCUCGAUGUGUUCACGAAGCCAGUCGUCCUGGAGACGUACACCCUUUUCCUUGAUAAUUGGAAAUCCGCAAAGAAGGCGAUAAAAACGACCUGCCAAGCGAAACCGGCUUUCGCACGAUUCCUCGAGACAAUGGAGCGGGAGCACAAAGGAAAACUCGGGCUGGAUCAGUUAUUGAUCAAACCGGUACAGAAGAUACCUCGUUACGAGCUGCUGAUCCAGAGGCUGCUGAAGCAUACCGAUACCACGCAUCCGGAUUUCGAAUUACUUCAAGCCGCUCAAAAGGAAGUGCACGAGCUGGUAGUGAAGAUCAAUUGCACGGAAAGGGAGUCCCUCGAAUGGGAACAACAGCAGACUACUUUGAAGGAGGUCCAGGCACUUGUCGAAGGACUUGCUGGUAUCGUGACAAACGACAGAACGUUUGUCCGCCACGAUCUGGUCACCAUCGCCUCGAAUCAAGGAACGAGAAAGGAACGAGCGCUGUUUUUGUUCUCCGAUUUGUUGGUCAUCACCAGCAUCAAAAGAAGAAGCGGAACCAUCAGAAAACCAUCGACAAGUUCCUGCCCGAAUAGUCUGGUCGGCCUACUGGAAGCGAACAAGUACAAAAUGUUAAUGAGAAUACCGCUGGACGACUUAGAAGUAAUGAAAGCCAAAGAUGAGAACUUGAGGCGAAUGGCGCGCGAGGUAGACCACCUUCGCGAGGACUGCGCGACGUUGACUCAGCUUCAGGAGCUGGUGUCAACGUUGCACGGUGCGAAGCAGCAAUUAGAGGAUCUUAUCAAAGAUAUGCUUGGCCAGGCACAGCGUCAAUUAGCUGAGAGGAACGCGGCUCAUUCGCAGUUGGCCUGUCUGGAAUUAACUCUUAAUACUCAGGCAGGGAUCGAGAAUAUCUCUGUCAUGUUCACGAAGCCGGAUAAAAGGGCCAGCUGGGAGGAGAGUUUCAACGAAGCCAAGCAAAAGUUAGCGUUGUCCGCUGAUAGGAGGCCCUGCCCCGAAUUUGUGGGACCUCUGCCGAUACGAAAGACCCGGGCUGGCUUGCAGUUCACCUGCGCUGCACCCACCUUGGCCAACGGGCAAGGCUCCAGAGACGUGUGGGUGUGUAACAGCGAUGGCUACGUGGGUCAGGUGUGCGUGUUGAGCCUGACCCCGGAACCACCGCAGGUUACAUCUUGUAAUGGGGUCUGCAACGCGAGGAUUCUGUGCGUCGCUGGAAUUCCGGCAUGCACGCAGAGAUCAAAUUCGUGCGUGACUAACAACAUUUCAUUCGCGAACAGUAAGAGCGGCAUAAGCAUCUCGGUCCAGGAUGUCGAUGCCAGUGGCGGGAACAUACAGUUAGAUAGUAGCUCGAGCUCCGACGACUCGGACUCGGACGACAUUCCAUGUGCAGAUACGGGUAGCCUAACUUUGACCGGCGAUGUUCCGAGUAUUGAUAGUGUCACUACAGAAGAGGAUGUCAAUCAGCCAACCAUGUGGUUAGGAACCGAAGACGGAUGCGUACACGUUUACAAUUGCAAUGAUAAUAUCAGGAUAAAGAAAAAUAAAGUGAAGAUACAGCACAAUAGUAGUGUGCAUUGUAUAAUAUACUUGGAUAAUAAAGUAUUCGUGUCACUUGCCAAUGGAGACAUCACCGUCUACACUCGAGACCAUAUGGGUGGUUGGAACACACCCGAUCCAACAACUGUGUCAAUCGGUACAGCGGCAUCUCCAGUAACGAAGAUGCUUCCGGUGUCAGGGAAACUUUGGUGCAGCUGUCACAAUUCCGUGAAAAUCCUGAACACUCAUUCGUUGGACAUCGAGCACACGUUCGCUGUCAGCAAUGACACGUCCUUAUCGGUUUCCUGUAUGGCGAGUUCCGGCGGUCUCGGAGUCUGGAUUUCUUUGCACAACAGCGCCGUGUUGCGGCUCUUUCAUUCUGGUAGCUACGAAUGCUUGACGGACAUCAACAUAGCACCGGCUGUUACCAAAAUGCUUACCACAGGUUGCGAUGACAUAAUAAGACAACACAAGGCUGCCUGUCUCAGGGUUACAGCACUUUUGGCUUGCAACGAGUUGCUUUGGAUCGGCACGAGCGCUGGGGUACUAUUAACCGUGCCAAUUCCCCAUAUAAAGCCAUCCACACAGAGGAUGUCUCAGCCGCCGAUCGUAACUGGUAUUCCUCAUGGACACACUGGACACGUUCGUUUCCUCACAUGUGUGGAAACGACGACACCAUCGAAGCCAGAUCCACGUCCAAAGGUGAACAGAUACUCUUUGAAAUCCAGCAAAACCCAGCAGAACAAUAUCAAUCGUGGAAAGCUGCUGGUGAUAUCGGGAGGAGACGGUUACGAGGAUUUCAGAGGACCCCAGGCAUCCGCCGAGCUGCAGGCUGGUCGCGAGGAUUCGACCAACCAUCUGCUGCUUUGGAAAGUGUGAUGUGAUCUAGUACGGCCCUCGGUAAGGGCCGCAGUUCACGCACGUCGGCAUGAGACGCCGUGGGGAUCGUUGUCGCGUGUGCAAUUCACACGUGGUCGGGUCCGUCAUCGUCCGAUCGUGGCUGUUCAGGACGUAUUCGCCCGACGAUUUUUCAGGGAACGUGGAAAGGUUCUCUGGCUCGUAUUGGCCGAGUUGAUCAAGACCAGGAUAAGGGAGGUCCGUUAGCAACGAGACGUAAAGAAACACGGUUUCCAAAUGAUCAUGGAACCGAAUUAAAUAUAACUCUAAUGGAUCAUUAACAUGAUCAAAGCUCAGGAGAAUAGCUUGAAGUGAUUUGUUCGACGUUGGUUGGAUCUGACUGUGUGAAACGGUUCACUGAAAUCAAACAACCCCUUCGUUUGUUGCAACUUUAAUAAACUACAAAUUUAAUGACUGCUGCUGCUGAUUGAUUUCAGGUAAUCGCUUUCAGGAGAGUUUGUUUGUACUUUCCAUAUAUCGAAUGAAAUAGAAAGGAAACGAAUGGUUUUUUUAUGGAUUUUGAUCGCGCGUGUCCUGUUAAUUUCUCGCACGGGGAAGGGAAAUGUUGAAGAGACAACGUAUACCCGCGUUGUCUCGAGAAUUCGGUUUACGUACUCGUUGGGACGAUACAUAAAACAAUGAAAUGUUACGAAACAGGAUACCUGGAAGAGCGUUGAAUCGAGCUUACACAUACACAGACACACGAGGUGACAAUGGCCUAAAAUAAUUUACACGCUAAAGAAAAGGGAACUAAUCGAGUUAAUGUGCCAAAACGAAUUUAUCAUUGUUCACCGAUCGACGUUUGCACGCUCGCGAGAGUCGUGUACGUUCGUUAGUCGUUUCAUUACUAAACGCAAAACUGAAUGUGUUCGUGUUUAAUCGUAGAUGAAAUUCCAUCGAGUUUCUUGAACGCUGCACGCGUCAAUAUCAUACGUAUCGGAUACGAAUAUCACAGCACCUUUUUGGAAUUGAGAUUUCUCUAAUUGUAUAUCAUUACAGUUGCUGAUCCAUAGACUUGUUCAUUCGCCCUUCGUGUGAAGGAAAGAAAGGGGCAAUGAUUAAAUCAAAUUUACUCUUGUUGUAUAGAAGACCAAAAUGACGAAGUUUUCGAUAAAGUUUCUCGUCUCUUCUCCUCCUUUUGUUCUUUUUUUUUUGCUAAAAAGUAUUGUUGCAAGGGAACGAAAAGAAGUCAGAGAAUUUUUAACCCUUUCGAAUAGGCAGUGAAAAUCAUUUGAUGGCAAGUGAUUAUAGAUACUAGUUAUAGUGAAAGGGUUGAAAUUUUGUUGCAAUGUUUAUCUUGUAUGCAUCUGUAUUCAUGGUACAAAAUUCGAGAGGCCAAUUCGUUCUAGCUUCCCCGUUUCAGGGUAUUUCUGUAUAGAUCUUAAGCUGUUUAUAUCUCUCGGGUGUUUUAUUCGCUUCAAACACGAGCGACUGGGUCUGACUUUUUUACAACUUCUAACGCGUCGUGGUUGUAUCGACCAUCGCGUAAUCAACAUACAGCGUAUUUGACAAUAAUUAAUCGAUAUCGAUUCUUCCAAUAGUCCUAUACACGAGACCAAGUAUCAUGAAUUCGUAUCGAUCUCUUGAUCGAUCGAGACCGAUACACCUCGUUCCUCUGAUCCUGAAAAUGAUUUUCUUCGCACAAAAAUUCUUUGCAUCCAUUUCAAUGUCUCACGACGAUAUGAUCGUCGAAGUUUUAUUACGAUUCCUUUCAACUAGGACCGAGGACUCUUUACAGCUUCGGACACCUCUUCCUAGAUGUCUAAUUUGUUAUUUAAAAAAUUAGUUCUUUUCUUUUCUUUUUACUGAACGAAGCAGAUUAGACGUUGAAAAUGUACUUUGAGGUAUUUGAUAUUGUUGGGAGGAAUUAUGUAGAUCUAGAAGAAAAUGAAAUACACAAGAGAGAAGAUAUAAUUUAAAAUGUUAUAUCAAUAAUGGUGGUAAUAUUUUAUUGAUAGAGCCGGCAAUUCAUUUCGAAUUCUUUAAGACUGAAUGAAUGAUUUCAGAUAAAGGAAACAUAAAACAGUAGUCUUUUCGAUUUUCCUUUCAUUUAACCGGCUCAGUUUGAAAAAUGAUCAUCAACAUUAUUUCCUAAUUUAAUUUGGCCACAGAAUUCUUUUAAAUUUCUGUGGUAUGAACUUAAAUCAACAUGCGCCGAUUCAAGAAUGAUUACGAUAUCAAAUCAUUUAUUUAUUUCUAUGGAAAUACUGAUCUAGGGAAACACUAUCUAUAAUGUGUACACGAUAUCGACAUACCUAUACGUGUGAUAAAUCGCUGUUCACAAGCCUAAAGCUCGAGAUCAAGAUAGAAUCUGUCGCUAAUGAAAUCAUGGUCCACGUACGGGGCUUAUAUUUUGUUUAUCGGUGUGAAUUUCUAUUAUUGUAGCGAGACGUGUGUACCUUUAACGUGUGCGAUCGUUUGAUUGCGUAUGAAAGAGAAAAGAUAGACGAAUUCACAAGAAACAAUGAGAGAGAGAGGUUAAUCAGAUACGUGUGAUGAGUUCUGCCUUCGACGUACGUCUUUCACGAAUAAUUGUUGGUUUAUUUGUAACGCAACGUGUAAUUAUAUCGUUGCUACAUCAAUGAGUGAAUGUGUAAAGAUUUAUGUGGAUGAAAUUCCGUAAAAUGAACAAUCAACAGCUUAACAAGAAAAGAAAUUCAAUGAGCUGUUCAAAAUGUAUCCUUACGAUAGAAGAUGCAAGACUCUCAAUUUCUUUUUUGCAUAAAAGAGCGCUAGAAUGAUGAACAGAAACAGAAUAUUAUUUAUUGUAGUUACUUAAGGUACGAAUGCGUCUGUGGUAUAUUUCUAGUGUGCAAUAAAAGGUGUCGUGUAUUCAGCAACGAUCGCGUCCGUAAGUUAUUAUUAAUGUUAUAAGUGUCUAGAGGCAAAGAGAUACGUAAUUGCGUAAAAAUAUAUUUGUAUUAUAUGUA